AUGUCGUCCGAGAGAGCAUGUAUGCUUUGCGGAGUGGUACUGACCACCGCUGAAUUCACAAAAGACGGGUGUCCCAACUGCCAAGGUAUCUUUGAGGAAGCAGGCGUGAGCACCAUGGAAUGCACUUCUCCUUCUUUCGAAGGUCUUGUUGGCAUGUGCAAACCCUCAAAGUCGUGGGUUGCCAAGUGGAUCAGUGUUGAUCCCUAUAUACCAGGACUCUACGCCAUUAAGGUUGAUGGACGCUUGCCCGUCGAAGUCUCUGAUUUGCUACCGCAUUACAAACCUCGAGAUGGGACGCAAGUAGACUAA